AUGGCGUCCUCCGUCUCUCGGCAUCUGCUCGUCCACCCCCUCCCUCUGGCCGAAGAUACUGCCGGCCUCCGCCGCGAAGCCGUCGGCCUCCGGCAGGAGGGAGGCGGUCUCGGUCUCGUUCCCGAGCGGCGCCAGGCUCCCGCCGUUGACCGGGUGCUGUCCCCGUCGCUGGUCCGAUCGGUCGCGAGGGAGAUCUCGGUGCACCUAGGCGGGGGCCGACGGCACGGCAAAGAAGGAGAGGUGCGGGCUAGAGGGUUGGAGGUCGCUGUGGACGAGGUACGUGGACUGGCUGCACCAGCACCGGAUUUAGGGCUUUUCCUUGGACACAAGCCAAAUCGGGUUGACGGACGAGUUCGUGGAGAAGAUGGAGCCUCGGUUCCAAGCCGCGUUCAAGGCGAUGGAGGAGCUGGAGAAGGGCGCGAUCGCGAACCCGGCCUGGACGAGGGCCGCAUGGUCGGGCACUACUGGUUGAGGAAGUCGGAACUCGCGCCGGCCCGAUUCCUGAAGGCGCAGAUUGAGAGCACGCUCGACGCCGUCUGCAAUUUCGCUGCCGACGUGGUCAGCGGUGAGUAUUACUAUGAAGGCGUUAUUUGUGAUAGCUCCCCAAACCUUUCAUAUUGAGUGCCUUGAUCCUCCUCUCAAGGUAGUUCAUAGCUAUUUGAGGGGUCUUGCCUUGAGUUCGAUGUGUUAAUUGCUGUCAUUUGUCUUAUCGUACUUGAUUGAGAUAAUUUAG